CGCUUUCGUUGAGACACACGCCACUCUAAUCAAUCGUCCGAUUCGGAACAAAACUAGGCUGAAAAUUGAACGUACUGCCCAGCAACGGCGAUGGUAGGUUCCAAAGCUGCGAUUGAGGUGGCGAAGACGGUCAUCGAGGUGGCCGACGUGGCGUGGACGGCCAUGGAGUUCAACCACCACCACCUCCACACCCACGAUCAAGAAGAGACCGGUACGCAGGCCAAAGCCGCGGAAUCUAUGUCGGUAGAUGAAGAAUUGGUAGCCUUGAGAUCCGAGAAUCGGCGGUUGAAGAGCUUGCUCGAGCACAAUCUCAAGCUCCUCCAGAAUUUGUCAGAAUCGACUCCUUUGAUGAGUGAUUGCCCUCCUGAUCUCUAUGCUCGCCUGGCUGCCACUGUGGAUUCUGAAAAAUUCUUGAGCCAGCUUAAAUCCCUCCAAGAGGCAACCAGAAAUGGAGCUACUCCUGGAUUCCCAUUCAAGGAGGCUACAGGUGAUGACUUGCACACUGUGGAAGUUCUUAUUAAGGUUGACCAAGAAGAACCGAGUAGGUGGGUAUGGGUCACUGAAGAAAUGAUUCAUGGCAAUACUGAAGAACACAGUGGGAUAGAUAAUGAGUGCUAUGUGGUCAUCAAUGAGGAUCAGGUGGUUGAUGCAGUUGCUACCUUUAUGGCUAAGUGCAUAACUGCAAACCCAAAAUCUCAGAAAUUUUCCCCUGAGGCUCUCCAGAAAGCCGUUACACAAGCUCUCGGCGGUGGCGGUGUUAGCAAAUUUGAGAGAGCAAUGGAUAUUUGGCAUGCCUGGCAGCUGUUCUAUGCCCUUUCGACCUGGGGAAUUGCAUUGGCAGGUUUGUACAAGACUCGGGCUGUGUGGAAAUAUGCUGCCGUGGGUGUCCACAAAACCAGCAAGGUUGUCCUCAGGGCUCUGUGAAUCAGAGGAAAGACUUAUUGUGUGAUGUAAAUAUAACAAAUUUGUGUAGGGAGGUUUAUGUCUAAAUGUCGAAAUAUCCAUGUGAUUGUUCAAGCUCUUCCCAAUUGUAGAUAUGUUAUCUGUAAAUAUUAGCGGGAGAUGGCAAUCACAACAUUUGUGAUAUUCCAGUCAUUGUUUGAUUGGAUUGGACAAGAGAUCAAAGGAAUAUU